CGGGGCGGGCUCGAGGGCGUCGCGGGCCGGGCGCCGAGGACGAGCGGCCGCGGCCGGGGCCGGGCGGCAGGCGGAGCGCCGCCGCCGAUGCACACGAGGUGACCAGGCAUUGAUGCACCCCCAGGGAGGCCACGAACUCCAGGAGGCCGCCCCGGCUAGCUGCUGCUCACAUGGUUUCUGGGCCCCUGGCACUCCGGUGGUGCGCGUGGGCAGGGCGCGGGGACAUGGGGCCCGACAUGGAGCUGCCCAGCCACUCGAAGCAGCUCCUGCUACAGCUGAACCAGCAGAGGACGAAGGGGUUCCUGUGCGACGUCAUCAUCAUGGUGGAGAACUCCAUCUUCCGGGCCCACAAGAACGUCCUGGCUGCCAGCAGCAUUUACUUCAAGUCCCUGGUGCUUCAUGACAACCUCAUCAAUCUGGACACCGACAUGGUCAGCUCCACAGUGUUCCAGCAGAUCCUGGACUUCAUCUACACGGGCAAGCUGCUGCCCAGUGACCAGCCUGCCGAGCCCAACUUCAGCACUCUCCUCACUGCCGCCAGCUACCUCCAGCUGCCCGAGUUGGCAGCCCUCUGCCGCCGCAAACUCAAGCGGGCUGGCAAACCCUUUGGUUCUGGACGAGUGGGGGCUGCUGGUAUGGGGCGGCCUCCUCGUAGCCAGCGGCUCUCCACAGCCUCUGUUAUCCAGGCUCGCUACCCGGGGGUGGCGGAUGGGCGCAAGGGGGCCCAUACUCCCCAGGAGCUGUCCCAGGCCAAAGGCUCCGACGACGAGCUCUUCCUGGGCAGCUCUAACCACGAGAGCGUGCACGGCCUGGGCCGGGCUGUGUGUCCGGCCGGAGGGGAAGCUGGCCUGGGCAGCUGCAGUACCAACGGGAGCAGUGGUGGAUGUGAGCAGGAACUGGGCCUGGACUUGUCCAAGAAGAGCCCCCCGCUGCCCCCUGCCACCCCUGGCCCCCCACUCACGCCCGAAGACCCAGCCCAGCUGAGCGACAGUCAGCAGGGUUCGCCCCUGUCGGUCUCUGCCCCGCCUGUUGCCAAUAGUGCCUCUUAUCCCGAGCUGGGAGGCGCCCCCCCGGAGCCCAUGGAUCUGGAGGGGGCUGAGGACAACCACCUGAGCCUGCUGGAGAGUUCUGGAGGGCCGCCUCGGAAGAGCCUGCGCCACUCGGCCCGCAAGAAGGAGUGGAGCAAGAAGGAGUCCGUGGCGGGCUCCCCCUUCGAGCUGCGGGAAGGGGGACCCAAGGGCCCCUGCCCCGGGGAGGAAGGCGACGGGCUCGGAGACAGAGUCCCCAACGGCAUCCUGAGCAGCGGCGUCGGAGGGGCGGGUCCCAGCGGGCCCUACGGGGAGCCCCCCUACUCCUGCAAGGAAGAGGAGGAGAACGGCAAGGACGGGAGCGAGGAUAGUGGGCAGAGUGGGAGCGAGGGCGGCAGUGGCCAUGUCGGGGCCCACUACAUGUACCGGCAGGAAGGCUACGAGACCGUCACGUACGGGGACAACCUGUACGUGUGCAUCCCCUGCGCCAAAGGCUUCCCCAGCUCGGAGCAGCUCAACGCGCACGUGGAGACCCACACGGAGGAGGAGCUGUUCCUCAAGGAGGAGGGGGCCUACGAGACGGGCAGCGGCGGCGCGGACGAGGAGGCCGAGGAUCUGUCGGCGCCCAGCGCGGCCUACGCGGCCGAGCCCCGGCCCUUCAAGUGCUCGGUGUGCGAGAAGACCUACAAGGACCCGGCCACGCUGCGGCAGCACGAGAAGACGCACUGGCUCACGCGGCCCUUCCCCUGCAACAUCUGCGGCAAGAUGUUCACGCAGCGCGGCACCAUGACGCGCCACAUGCGCAGCCACCUGGGCCUGAAGCCCUUCGCCUGCGACGAGUGCGGCAUGCGCUUCACCCGCCAGUACCGCCUCACCGAGCACAUGCGCGUGCACUCCGGGGAGAAGCCCUACGAGUGCCAGCUCUGCGGGGGCAAGUUCACGCAGCAGCGCAACCUCAUCAGCCACCUGCGCAUGCACACCUCCCCCUCCUAGAAGCCAAAGACCCCGCUCCCGGCCCGGGCGCCUGGCAGACUCG